AUGGGAGAUUCCGUCAAUAUUCAAAACUUGCUUCAAGCGGGGUACUUUAAAACUUCGCGAAGCAAAUCCCCCAGCCACGGCCAGUUGGACCGCGACGAAGACCCUCGCCGCGUACAACGGCCACGCGACGACUACGACUAUGAGUCUCGAUACAACCGGCCGUCACAAAGCCCCUCGCCCAUUCGUCUACCACCACCGCCAUCGCAUGCCCGUACCGCGUCUCAAGGCAGAUCUGCGCCUCCUCGCCCGACCGUUGAUGACGAGGAUAGCAUUCUUGAAAGAGAACAUGGCUACAUAAAGACUAUUAUUCCGGAAGAGGAGCCCUCUUCCAGGGGCAGUGUCGAUCAGGGCCAUAUCAUUGAGGAGGUUCACGAGUUCAAUCCCGAAAGACGAUUCGUUAUUCUCGACGAUGAACCCGCCACUUGUACAAACGGUGACAAGACAGACUCUACACGAGAUAAAUCUGAGCUCAGUCCUGAAUCGGCUGAAAGCUCGAAACCAGCAGAUGGCUCGCGCAGUUCAAAUAGCAAUUAUCCGGGCACCCGAGGUGCUGGCUUAUCGCCACCGCCACCGCCGCCGCCGCCAGACCGAAGGCGGAGCCGACAGGAUUUGCCCGUGCUGGACACAGAGUUCAGUGAGCGCCGAUAUACAGAACAUCACCGGAGCCGGUCCGCUGUGAAUGGUCCACGGCCGGACUAUUUCAAUUCUUCGCGAUCGUCUCGACCCUAUGGGGACCAGCUUUUAUCUCCAGAUAUCUCGAAACGAAGUUUCCGCAGUAGGGAAGAUGGCAACUACGGCCGAGAUAGACCUCGUGAGAAACAAUACUCCAGAAUUACACCGGAAAAUUCCACCAGACGGUCAGAUACUGCCUCAGAGUAUCGAGCACCAAAGCGAACCAGUUCAACCGACAGAGGCAGCGAUCGCCGAAAUCGAGAACACUAUUCGACUUCUUCUCGAGAGGAUACAAGUUCCAGAGCAGCUCCACCCUCCUCGAGAGAAUACAACACAAGGUCAUCAGCGCGCUCCUCCCGCGAACCUAGCCGCUCCAAAGAUGAGUAUCCAAAGGCCUCUCAACCUUCAGCUGCGUCGCGAAGGCCCCUCAUUGUGCAGGAAGAGAGCCCAUUGAAUGGCUCCAGGGUACCAGACCCCGAGCGAAGUACUAUCCCAAAUCCCUCAGCGAGGUCAAGCACCACACCGCGGGACAACGCGCCGCCGCGGACAAGCACGAUGCCCGUUUUUCCCGCGGAGAAGCCGCCAGUGCUUCGACCUGCGGCCACAAUCAACUUGGCCCAAGAAUCUCGGGAUUUGGUGCAAUCUCCUCUGCCAUACCCUGAAGAAGACAUGUUCGAUGUUGAUCCUCUUUAUGUGCCACGCGAUGCAAAUCGCGCCACCAAUGGUCCCGCUCCAACUUUGUGCAUGCCAACGCUACCGCCCGAGCCCUUGGAUGUAUCUUCUGCAAAACAGAAGCGUAUGGAAACAUCUCUGCCCGAGUCUUCGGCACCCGAGACCAAAGAGUGGAAACCGCCCAGCUUUGUCCCGGAAAGGGAUGGCUUGAAGUCGGAGCGGCCCGUCGGAACGUAUCGAAGGUACUCGGAGAAUAAGAACGAAUCAGCGUCAGAUCGUCUUCCUACCUGUCCUCGAACGGAGCCAGUAGUUGGCAAGGUCGACUGGCUCACGCUGCCGAGGACUGAUUUCAACAUUUGUCCCGACUGCUAUGGUCAAGUGUUUUCCAAUACGGACUAUCGAACUCAUUUUCAGCCUGUCUUGCGGCCGACUAUGGAUGCAAUCGCUUGUGAUUUUGGAUCAUCGCCAUGGUAUAGAAUUGCAUGGCUUCUCAUCCUGAAACACAAGGAUACGGAUUUACACAUCUUUCACGACAUUGCCGCCAUCUCGGCGGCGUCGCGCGGCUGUCCUGGAGAUCGCAAGACGACGAGAGACUGGUACACAGUCAGAGACCCCUACACAAAGCGUCCAGUCCCAGAAUUUACCGUUUGUUACCAGUGCGCCAGAACGGUUGAAGCUCUCUUGCCUAGUCUGCGGGGCGUUUUUGUACCUCUGGAAUCCAAGUCAAGCCCUGUCCGCAGUAAUUGUGCACUGCACUUUGCACCGGAUCGGACAGACUUUAUCUUGUACUUUGACUCGUUUGAGACGACGGCCGAUAAGGCAGAGGAGUCGAAAAGGGGUCCUGAUUUAGGCUAUCUGGCGCAGAAGCUGGAACGCCUCUCUGUCCACAACGCCUGCCGAGAGGACAAGCCCGUCACGGACGGAUACUGGCACUUUAUGCAAUUCUUGCCGCAGUUUACCGUCUGUGCAGACUGCUUCGAUUACGUUGUGCGACCACGGCUACCAGACGAAAACGUCGUCGCGCGCAACUUUUAUAUCAAGCCGCGAAAGAUUCCUUUGGCGACCUGCCAGUUGUACUCGCCGCGCAUGCGCGAUGUCUUUAAGCGAGCUUGUCGUCGAGACGAUCCCAAGUAUCUGGAAAGCAAGGUCAGGGAGAGGUUGGAAAUCGAGUCGAGUAUCAAGAGCAAGCUUGCAAAGCUGGACAGAGACGGGCAGAGGGAUGCACGGACGGAGAAGCAGAUUGAUGCCUUGGUUGAGGAGUGGAAAGCGUGGGAAUAG